ACAGACAGAGAGAAGAGGAAGGGUUAUUGAGACAAGAAGCUGUGUGUCUGUGUGUGUGUUUGUGCGUGGGCGUGUGUCUGUCGGUGUGAACGGGCGUGUACGUGUGUGUUUUGAAGCAGCCAGUAAUUACCUUCCAGCAUCUGAACCAAUCAAGAGCUGCAGAGAGAGAGAGAGAGAGAGAGUGUGUGUGUGUGUGUGUGUGUGUGAGAGAGAGAGUCCAUUUAGAUUUCAGUCUAUUCCCAGGAAAAAGACACUCGCGCUCUCACACACGCCCGCACACGCACGCAGUCUCACAGCCCGUCCAUUCAACCAGAGUCAGGGAGAAGGGACGGAAGUGUUUUCUUUGGGGGAGCACAGCUUAUCCUUUCUCCUGUUUACCGACUCGUGGUGGGUGAAGACAGAUGGACAAGAUGAACCACAGCUCAGCUGAGGCAGAGCCUGAAACCAUAGAACCGCUGCGUUACCUCAGCAAAGGGGAUGCAGCAGCUAUCGAGACAGAACUACUGAGAGACUACAAGUUUGGACAACAGCAGCUCAUAGAGCUUUGGGGACAAGCAUCUGCUGUCGCCAUCACUAAGGCCUAUCCACUGAGUGCUUUAUCAAAGAAGCAACCAACAGUGCUGGUGAUCUGCGGUCCAGAUCAAAAUGGCUCCAUUGGCCUAGUGUGUGCCCGACAUCUCCGCAUAUUCGAUUAUGAGCCCACCAUCUAUCACCCGAAACGUUCCUCUCACAGCCUGCACCAGGAUUUCACAAUUCAGUGUGAGAAGAUGGACAUCCCUUCCCUUUCCUAUCUCCCUACAGAGGUGCAGCUUAUCAAUGAUGCCUACAACCUAGUGAUCGAUGCCAUGCUAGGCCUGGAGGCAGACUCAUCCAAUAUUAAGGAGCCAUAUUCUGGUAUCCUGGUCACCCUAAAGCAAAUCAAGAUUCCCAUUGUCAGUGUGGAUGUGCCCUCAGGUUGGGAUGCAGAGGAACCAAGUCAGGAUGGGAUAAACCCAGAAGUUCUCAUCUCACUCAUGGCACCAAAGAAGUGUGCAUUAAACUUCUCUGGAAAGCAUUUCUUGGCUGGACGCUUCCUGCCCUAUGACAUUCAGAAAAAAUAUGAGCUUAAUCUCCCAGACUACGCUGGCACGGACUGUCUCCUGGAACUGUAACACACGGAAACACAGGAGCUGGUAUAACCACUCUACCCUUGGUCGCGUUUUAUAGGUUGUUACUCUAAUUUUACUUCAAAGUCUCGGCUGUUUAGAUCCAAAAUGCACAUUAGCCCAAUGUGUUGUUGAGCUGCUGUAAAAGGUUGAAGCUUAGAGCAAUGGCUUCGAGUCGUGACUGUUUAGGAAAUGGCAUGAAGAGUUUGUUGUCAAUCGACGUGUAAGAGCUGUAGCAUUCCACCGUUUUCUAGUUUCCAGAAUUGGCAAAGAAAAAAACCAGUUUUCUAUCAUUAAAGUCACUGAAUUUUUUUUCUUCUUUUUUUUCAAAAAACCCCGAAGCUUUUAUGUUCUCAUGUACUCCUUCUGUGGACCCUAUUCCCUCAGUGUGCUGCUAAAAUAUCGUGGUGUAGGUUGGCGUUUUGGGUAUAAAUCUGUAAAGCUAUAUAUAUUUGUGUUC